AAAAUUGGUAGGAGACGUGUGGAAGAAAGCAAGUCUCCCGGGUAUUUCAGCACUUCGGCAGAAACACUGAGGCAAUCUCAUUGCCAGCCGCGGGGGUGGCUGGCACAAACAGCCCAAGAUUAAACGCGGCGCCUGGGCUGGCGAGGUCGGGGUCGUGAGGUAACUCUCCAGGUGCUCCUCGCUGGAUCGCGGGGUCCCAGCCCCGCCGCCGCGCCCCGCCCAGCUCUGUCCCCGCAGCCUCGCGGGCUGCCGGGCUUUGUGGUUCGCCCGUGCCACUGGGCCCCUGCUGGGGGUGUCGUUACGAGCAUGUGCAGACAGCAGCCCAAGCCUUCAGGAUAAUUCCUUCAGCAGCACCGCUGUAACAGAGUGUGACGAAGAUCCAGUCUCUCUACAUGAAGACGAGACUGAUUGCUCCAGUCUCAGAGAUGAAAACAAUAAAGAGAACUACCCCGACGCAGGGGCUCUGGUAGAGGAGCACGCACCACCCUCUUGGGAGCUGCAGCAGCAGAAUGUAGAGCAGACUGUGCUGGUGGACAGCGUAUUGAGACCCAGCAUGGGCAACUUCAAGUCCCGGAAGCCCAAGUCCAUCUUCAAAGCCGAGAGCGGGAGGAGCCACGGAGAAAGUCAGAAUACAUACCAUCCUUUAAUGUUCUAGAAUUUUUGAGCUGAAUGUUACAGUCGAUUCUAAACAGAGUGAUGAAGCUUAAAUGGGCAAAGGAGACAGAGCAUGUGGUAUCCAGCCAGUCAGAGGGUCAGGUGAGAGCAGGAACACCAGCUCAUGAGAGUCCACAAAACAAUGCCUUCAGGCGCCAAGAAACAGUGCAACUUCAACCAAGAAUAGACCAGAGGACUGUCAUUUGGCCAAAGGAUGCUUUUGAAACUCGGCAGGACUUAAAUGAGGAUGAAGCUGCUCAGGUGCAUGGAGUCAAGGACCCAGUGCCAGCAUCGACUCAGAGUGUGCUUGCUGAUGGGACAGAUUCUGCAGACCCCUCACCAGUCCAUAAAGAUGGGCAGAAUGAGGCCGACAGUGCACCAGAAGACCUCCAGUCUGUGGGGACCAGCAGGCUGCUCUAUCACAUCACUGACGGUGACAACCCACUGCUGUCACCACGAUGCUCCAUCUUCAGCCAAAGCCAGAGAUUCAACUUAGACCCUGAGUCAGCCCCAUCUCCACCCAGCACUCAGCAGUUUAUGAUGCCGCGGAGUUCUUCACGCUGCAGCUGUGGAGAUGGCAAGGAGCCACAGACUAUCACCCAGCUCACCAAGCACAUCCAGAGCCUCAAGCGGAAAAUUCGGAAAUUUGAAGAAAAAUUUGAACAAGAAAAGAAAUACCGGCCUUCACAUGGUGACAAGACUUCUAAUCCUGAAGUCCUGAAAUGGAUGAAUGAUUUGGCUAAAGGUCGUAAACAGCUCAAAGAACUAAAGCUAAAGCUGUCAGAAGAACAAGGGAGUGCUCCUAAAGGUCCACCUAGAAACCUGUCCUGUGAGCAACCCACAGUCCCCAGAGAAAAUGGGAAGCCGGAAGCUGCGGGCCUAGAGCCAAGCUCCUCUGGAGAAGAGACUCCAGAUGCUGUUUUGACAUGCCUGAAGGAGAAAAGAGAGCAACUUCCUCCCCAGGAGGAUUCUAAGGUAACUAAGCAAGACAAGAACCUCAUAAAGCCGCUUUAUGAUCGAUACAGAAUUAUCAAGCAAAUCUUGUCAACGCCUUCCCUUAUUCCAACAAUUGAGGAAGAGGACUCUGAUGAAGACCAUCCACAGGGAAGCCAACAACCUUCUUUGCCAGAUCCAGCAUCUCACCUUCCUGUUGGUGACCACCUCACCUACUCUAAUGAGACUGAGCCUGUUAGGGCCCUUCUACCAGAUGAAAAGAAAGAAGUAAAACCACCAGCUCUCUCCAUGUCUAAUUUACAUGAGGCUACCAUGCCUGUACUUCUUGACCAUCUCCGAGAAACCAGGGCUGACAAGAAGAGACUGCGGAAAGCCUUAAGAGAAUUUGAAGAACAGUUUUUUAAACAAACAGGAAGAAGUCCACAAAAGGAAGAUAGGAUACCAAUGGCAGAUGAGUAUUAUGAAUAUAAGCACAUAAAAGCCAAACUGAGACUAUUAGAGGUCCUCAUCAGCAAGCAAGAUGUGGCCAAAACUAUUUGAGGUUCAGGAAAUGUUAUGAUCACUUUCACCCAUGAUAUAAAGUAAAGUUUAUUUUCCUCUGCCAUCCUUGCUAAGCAGUUUUGACACAGUGAAAAUGGAAGCACUUUAGUGGUAGUAUUAGCUGUUUUCAAGAAGGAAUAGCAAGUUUAAUUACAUACAUGGAGAAGGGAUUUAAAUCGGGGGAAGGAUACAACAGGUAGCCAUAUAAUUGGGAAAAAACUCAGUGUCCUCCAUGCCAAGCAGAAAACUCAUAGUCAAUACAAGUAUUUUUAAAAAUGUCUAAUAUUUUAUCAAAUCUAAAUAACAUGGCUAGGAUGCUUGUUAGGGAAAGUUUAUUUAGUAUCCAAGGAUUGUUUAUGUUGAUGUAUGGAAAAGAGCAUGAUUUUUAAAAAUCAAUCAGAGAAUCAGAGAAAGAAAAGAAAUUCUGCUUUUCAAGUAGGAAGGAAUGUACCUAGCAAGAAAGUAAUUUAUUUGAAACUUCUAAUGGAUUUUUGAGUGAUAAAACAUUUACUACCUUGUCCCUUAAGUCUGCUAGGCUCUCAGUACCCUAAAAUAACCUAGAUUGUGUUACUGCUAUUUUUUUUAUUUCUCUAUAAAAAUAAUACAUUAUUUUAUCUGUUAUUUGAAAUUUUACAUUUCUGGUUACCAAAGUUCAUUCUGAUAGCAUGUACUUUGUGAAUUAUUAUCUUUGUCUAUAACUGACAGAUGUUUAUAUUAAAAUAAAAUAUUGUAUUAAAAAUUUAAAAUAGGUAUUUUGGAUAGAUAUGUGUCUGCAGUAUAUAAUCUAAUAUGUCCAUAGUAUUAUUGCUAAUCUUUUUGUUUACUAUAAGAUGAUAUAACUAUUUUUUCAUUGGGACUAUACAUUUUUCUUAGUGUUCCAACAUCUAUACUUUGUAAAGUCAAAACAUUUCCCAUGAGCUGUAGUUAUUCUUCCUUCUGUACAAAAUGAAAGGUUUGGAAAUUGCCCUGAUACCUUGAAAAAGAAGCCAGAAUAUUUAUUUGCUUCAUCAACUUUAGUGUAUAUCAUUUUGUGUUAUUUUAUACUAAAACAUGUUUAUUAUUUUCAUUUUUGUAAAAGGAAGUAAAAGGUCAACAUUUUCUCUCAUGUACCAACCUUGUUUGUAUUUCUAUUUUCUGUAACGUUUAAGUAUGAUGUUGAAGAAAUUCACAUUUUCUUAUAGUUUGGAUGGGAAUACUAUUGACUAUUUCAGAAACAGACUAUUUCAGAGGCUUAUUGUUUUCUCUGUAUUUACCUAAUAUUUUAUAACUUUUAUGAAUCAGAAUAAUGUCCUUCAUACAUUUGUUUAAUUGAAGUCAUCUACUUGUAACAGGACAGAUACACAACUAUUUGAGGUUUACAAAUUACAUCUUUGAUAAGGGAAAUGGUUUCGUGACAUGUACACAAUUGCUAUUAAAAUGUAACUCUAUAUAUUCUAUAUGAUUGUAAAUAUUUUAUACAACAAUACAAAUAAAAUAUUUUUCUAUUAUAUUUAUUAUGUU